AUGUCAACUCUAGAAGACUCUUCAUCAAAAGUUAAUCUGACAAUGACAGAUAUAAAUACGUCCUCAUCUACUGAACAUAUGGACCAUAAUAAUCUUCGUCAUAACAGUAACCCCACUAUCGAGGGAAGCCUAGCCGAAGAACCUAAAGCAUUCCAAGGUCAAGAUGACACCGAUGACGACAACAGUCUGAAUGACCUUCAUAACAGCCACCAUUCAAAUAUGGCUUUUGGAGACGAGCUUUCCGAAUAUGAAACAAAUACCGCCCUUUCGAGGAGUUUAUCAAGACGACUCACCGGAGCCGAGGAACUUCUUUCCGAAGCAAGAACAACUGAUGAACCAUUACCUCUCAUGGGUGGUGAUAGACCAUAUCCACCAUUAUUAGGGGACAGAACACCCUAUGUUGUCAUGUUUGAUGGACCUGAUGAUCCAACUCAUCCUCAUAACUAUUCGACAUUUAAGAAAAUGUUAUUCUGUUGCGGGGUUGGAAUGGCAGCACUUUCCGUUUCUAUGGGGUCAGCCAUGUUUGCAGAAGCCACCACGGAAUUAAUGGAAAUAUAUCAUAUUGGAAUUAGUGUAGCCUCAUUAGGAACUUCAUUAUUUGUUUUUGGUUUUGCUAGUGGUCCUGUUAUUUAUGGACCUCUUUCUGAAUUAUUUGGAAGAAAGAUUAUUAUGGUGAUAUCAUGUUUUGGAUAUGUUUGUUUUUCAUUUGCAGUUGCUACUGCUAAAGAUCUCCAAACUAUUAUGAUUUGUCGAUUUUUCGCGGGAUUUGUCGGUGCUGCUCCUUUGGUUGUUGCACCUGCCGUCAUGACUGAUUUAUUCUCAGCUAAAAUUAGAGGUACCGCCGUGUCUAUUUUUGCUAUGAUUUUAUUUGGUGGUCCGAUGUUAGCCCCUAUUAUUGGUGGGUUUACAGUAAAGAACCCUGGUUUGGGAUGGCGUUGGACUUCAUACUUCUGUGGUCUCAUUGGAGUAGUUGCAUUGCUCAUAAAUACAUUUAUCUUGGAAGAAACUCAUCAUCCUAUAAUUUUGGUACGUAAAGCAGAAACAUUACGUAGACGUACUGGAAAUUGGGGGAUUUAUGCACCACAUGAAGAACUUUCUUUAUCCCUUAAAGAAAUCGUGGAAAAGAAUAUUGCAAGACCUUUGAAGAUGUUAUUUACAGAACCAAUUAUCUUCUUAGUCAGUUUAUAUAACGCUUUCAUUUAUGGUAUGCUUUAUAUGUUCCUUACUGCUAUUCCAUUGAUUUUCCAAGGAAAUUACCAUUUUAUGACAGGUGUAGCUGAAUUACCAUAUAUCUCAAUGUUGAUUGGUGUCUUUACCGGUGGUUUAAUUAUCAUUUAUUUCGAAAAUAGAUAUAAUAUUGCGAUGGAGAAAAAUGGUGGACGUCCAGUUGCUGAAGAAAGAUUACCACCAAUGAUGAUUGGAUCAAUUACCUUUGUGAUUGGUAUCUUUUGGUUGGGUUGGACAGGUGAUUAUCCUGACAAGAUUCAUUGGAUCGUCCCUACGAUUGGUGCUGCAUUUGUUGGUAAUGGAUUAAUGUUGAUUUUCUUACCAUGUAUGAAUUAUAUUAUAGAUUGUUAUUUAUUCUUGGCUGCAUCAGCAUUAGCUGGUAAUACAUUCCUUAGAUCUGCUUUUGGAGCUGCUUUCCCCUUGUUUUCCGAACAGAUGUUUGUCAAUAUGCAAAUCAAAUACGCUUCCACUAUGAUUGGAUGUGUGGGAAUUGCCAUGAUCCCAGUUCCAUUCUUGUUUUAUAAAUAUGGGAAAUAUUUAAGACUGAAAUCAAAGUACGCUUUGUAA